AAAAAAAAAAAAAAAAAGAGGAGGCGGCGGAGGAGGAGGAGGAGGAGGGCGGCCUGCGGCCUGGCUCAGAGCUCGGACGGAGGGACCCGGAGUCGCUGCCGUCGCCCUUUCCGCUCCUGGUGCUGAGGAGGGCUCGGCCCUUUACACGGAGGCAUCAUGAGUGAACAGCAGCUGGACUGUGCCUUGGAUUUGAUGAGGCGUCUUCCUCCCCAGCAAAUAGAGAAAAACCUCAGUGACCUGAUUGAUUUGGUUCCCAGCCUCUGUGAAGACCUCCUGUCCUCUGUGGACCAGCCUCUGAAGAUUGCUCGGGACAAAGUGGUAGGCAAGGACUACCUUCUGUGCGAUUACAACCGGGAUGGCGAUUCCUACAGGUCACCCUGGAGCAACAAAUACGACCCGCCCUUGGAAGAUGGCGCCAUGCCUUCGGCUCGCCUGCGGAAGCUGGAGGUGGAGGCCAACAACGCCUUUGACCAGUACAGAGACUUGUAUUUUGAAGGUGGCGUUUCCUCGGUGUACCUCUGGGAUCUGGAUCAUGGCUUUGCCGGGGUGAUUCUAAUCAAGAAAGCGGGUGACGGAUCCAAGAAGAUCAAAGGCUGCUGGGACUCCAUCCACGUGGUAGAAGUCCAGGAGAAGUCCAGCGGCCGUACUGCCCACUACAAGCUGACCUCUACGGUGAUGCUGUGGCUGCAGACGAAUAAGACCGGCUCGGGCACCAUGAACCUGGGAGGCAGCCUUACCAGACAGAUGGAAAAAGACGAGACGGUGAGCGACUCCUCUCCGCAUAUAGCCAAUAUUGGCCGUCUGGUUGAGGACAUGGAGAAUAAGAUCAGAAGUACGCUGAAUGAGAUUUAUUUUGGAAAGACGAAGGACAUUGUCAACGGGCUGAGAUCAAUUGACGCUAUUCCCGACAACCAAAAAUAUAAGCAGUUGCAGAGGGAGCUCUCCCAGGUUCUGACCCAGCGGCAGAUGUACAUUCAGCCAGAUAACUAAACCAGCGAAGGUCCGUGCAGACGUUCGCGGACAAAUCGAAGCAGGAAGCUCUGAAGAUCGACCUGGUGGAGGCAUUGAAGAGAAAACAGCAAAGUUAGAAAACCAGCGUCUCCCUUUUGAGGAUGCUAACAAGACACGCCAUGCACUCAUUAGCGACCCCUCCCAGCCCUCAAAUUUCUUAGGAAUCUUCUUCCCCCCCCCCCCUUCUCUCCCUGGCAUCCUCCUCCCCUCGGCCUCCUCCCUCUUAUUUUCCUUUUCCUGCAUACAAUAUUCUUCCACUCAUAAAAUAAAAAUAAAAGCCUCCGGUUUUCCCCCCACCUAUCACCACCCCAAACAAAACCUGUAUAAACCUUUUUUUGGUGGGGGGGGAGCUCUCUCUAGCAGCUUAAUUUCCACUGUCUUAUUGCCACAGCCUUGCAAAACGUAUUUUCUGUUGAGAAACCUCUUGAGAUUUGUGUCCUUUCC